GCUGAGGGAAGAAGAAAAAGAGAGGAGGGAGCAGAGGGGGGAAAAGAAAACCUGUCCCUUUGUGUGGGAAGGACUCAGCAGGAAAGUGAUUUUCUGAUUAUUUGAGUUUGCCACCAAAGCAAGGCUCUUUCCCCCUGAACCGCACGCACAUUUUGUACACUCUGCAUGCCUGUGCUGCCUUACACCGGAGGCACAUAUGAGUGUGCUUCUCAGGCCGGCAAACAGCGACACCCGGGCUUCUCCUGAUGAUGAGAGCCGACGUCAGACUGGUUUCCAUGAAUAUUGAUGUGGAGGAUAGUCUGUUUCAUAGAAGAACAGAAGGAGGCAAGAUGGCUGCCCUUUAGGAUUUGUUAAAGAGGAGAUCCAGACGGUUUGUUGGAAUUUCUACAAAGUGGAGGGACAUAAAAGGAGGACGGACAGAGGGCAGCCCUGUGGAUGGACUCUGAGCAGGCCAGAUGGAAACAGAACAAGCCAGACAUGAGACGGAAGAAAGUUUGAUAUUAGCACAAUUUGGCACAUCUCGCAACAUCCCUAGCAAAGUCCAGAAUGGAGGCCAGUCUUCAGAGGGAGAUUCUCUGCAAAUCACUGGGGAUACAAACUGGAACCAUUACAAGCCUAGCACAGGUGCCAACUCCAUGAAGAGGCACAGGGAGAACUGCAACAGCCCAGCUCCAGGGCAAGGGCUGUUCGAUCAAGGAUCCUUCAUGAUGAAUGGAGAGUUGAUGAAUGGAGAGUUGAAGCAUGCACUCACUGAGCAGUCCUUACUGGUUCACCAACCCAAGAAACUUAAAGUAGAUUCGGAGAUGAAAGGAAAUGAGGACAUGAGCAACAGUUUGGUGGACAACUUUUCUGAAUUGACAAAGGCAACAGAAUUUGAAUGCAAUACACCACAGACAGACAUUAAGUUAGACAAGAGGAACUGUAAUUUUCCUAAUGGAGAUAUUUUCUGUUUACCGAGAAAUAAACAAAUUUCAAUUCCAAAUGGUGCUAUAUCACCCCCCUCAACAAUAGAAAGCACUCGGGGUGAUCUCUUAGAGAAAACUUUGUCUCAGUAUUAUCCUGAGCAAGUGUCAAUUGCCCCACAAACAUCUGGGCCACAACUAGAUGCUGUCAAUGGUUCACUGGCAAAUAAAAUGCCAAAUGAAGGUGCUCAACCUCCCUCUUUAACCUCAGGAUUGCCCAGUGCAGCUCAGAUGCCCAACUCACAGCAACAGCAGCCUGGUGCAUCUGGCAAUACUGAAGGAGGCAACAAUUACAACUCUGUCAACUAUGUAGUGAAUGGAUAUUCCAACAAUUAUGGAGCAGACCACCACCACCAGCAACAACAACAGCAGCAACAACAGCAGCAACAACAGCAGCAGCAGCAGCCGGCAUCUUACUCUGGUCAGGAGCUGUCUCUAGGUCAGCUUCCGGGAAUGAUCCCUCCUACAAAUACUGGCAAUAGCUCACAACAUCAAAACGGCCCAGAGUGUUAUCCAGAUGACACAAAUACUCAAGAUAUUUAUGAGAAAGCCAACCAGGAGUUUAACCAUAACUCUUUUCUGGAGCGCAAUGCUCCUCUCCAGGCACCUAAUUUAGGUGGAUAUGGGCCCUUUCCCAACUCUGGGAUACAAAAAAUUAGUCAAAAUGAUGAACCUGGGUCUGGUCAGCAUCAGCAGCGUGGCACUGAUACGGGCCUGCAGUAUGGGAUUCAACCCCAAAACUUCCAACAAAAUGCUGGGAACCCACAUGGGGCUGACAAUACAGGUGCUAUGGGGCCCAAUCUGCAGCAGCCAUGUCAUGCUGGGUUAGAAAAUGGGAUGGAUAACUUGUCUCAGCAGAGAGCCAACUUAUCGUGUUCAACUCCCCGCCAGAGAGGCUGGAUAGAGCUGAACUCUUCACAUUCCCAGCAGCAACCUGUAAGUGGCCCAACAUCAUCCAAGGCACAAGAACAGGACAUGUGGAGGGGCUUCCCUGCUAAGCCUCAGUCUGAGCAGCAGACAACUAACCCCCAGGUUCACAGCCAGAUGUUAGAGCCAAACCCAGCACAAAGGUUCCAGACACAAGGAGUUUUCACAGACAGCAGCCAGGGGUCUAACAGCUUCCAGCAGCAACAGCAGGACUGUCUCCCGGCCCAAACGAAUUGUGCUUCAGCUCAGCACAACACUGCCCCUGAGUGGCAGCUAUCAAAUUCUAAAGCUCCUCAAAUGCAGCAGCCUCUACCCCAGAAAAUAACUGAGCAACGUAACUUCCCCCAUAAUCAGCAGGCGGACGGCCGCUACCGCACCCCCAUGCAGUCAGAGCACUUAUGUGAAGACCCUGACCUGCACGAUAUACUGUCCCCUGGGUUUUUAGCAACACAGCAACAACAGCACUGUAAUCUUCAACGUCCACUAUCCCACCCACCACAAUUUGAAGUGCAGCAAAUGAAGUCUCCCAAUUAUAGACCUCACAGUCAGCCUCAGCCAGGUCAGCAGCAGCUUCAACCAAACCAGCCACUUAGAAACAACUCUGUUCAAUCCAGCAACCAACUCAUCCAGCACGGUGACCAUGCAACAUUCAGUUACAGUAACACAACAGAGAUGCAACAAUUACAACAACAACAAAGGCAUUAUUCUCCAAACUCAGGCAGCAGUAACCUCAAGCAAUUUCAACCACAGCGGCCUAACAACCACUGCCACCAGCCCAACCACAUGGACUUCCCCCAGACCUCUACACAGUCACAACCUCACUUAACACAAGGUGCUUUAAACCAACAGGUAUCAACACAGAUGUAUCCUAAAGCUGAACAGCAGCUACAGACAUCAUGCACUCAGUUCCAAAGGGGACCUCGACUACCUCUGGGACCUGCAGGUCCUCAUGGAGACUUUCAGAAGCACGCAGCCCUGCGUAUGCACCUGUUACAAAGGCAAGAGCGCCAGGGUCCUCCUCAUACCCCUCAGAGCACUAGUGACCCCAAACAUUGCCUGGGAGCUAUUAAGAUGGAAAAUGGACCCAGAUUUGAGCUGCCUUGUUCACAGCAGCAGGAGCAGCAGUUACAGAUGCAAGAUCCAGGCAUAGGUGGAAUCCAAGUCAAGCAGGAGAAUCAACAGUCAUUUUGUGAGAAAGGUAAGAGGCAGGGCAGCAUCUUGGCCUCUAUGGAACAAACCCUGAGGCAGUACCAGCUUUCACCUGUGUUUGAGAAGAAAUCACUCGUCAUUAAUACAUCAAAUAAAGUCAAGGUGGAAUCUUCCGGGCCUGUCACAAUCUUGUCAACCAACACUGACCUGAGUGGACUUGAAUCAUCAGAGGUGACCCCAGGCAAUGUAGCUCUAAAAAAACCACCUGAUUGCACCCCUAAGAAGGAACACCUUUUACAUAGCUUCAUGGAGUCUCCUAUGAAGCUAUUGGAUACCCCUAUAAAGAAUCUCCUAGAUACUCCCAUGAAAACACAGUAUGACAUUGCAUCCUGCCACUGUGUUGAACAAAUCAGUGAGAAGGAUGAAGGGCCAUACUACACUCACUUGGGGUCAGCACCUACUGUUCCUGGUAUACGGGAGGCGAUGGAGAAAAGGUCUGGUUUAACUGGUCGCGCCAUCAGGAUUGAGAAAAUAUUAUACACCGGCAAGGAAGGAAAAAGUACACAAGGGUGUCCCAUAGCCAAAUGGGUGAUCCGCCGAGCUGGUGUAGAAGAAAAGAUAUUGGUGUUGGUGCGGGAACGUGCUGGUCACAAAUGUGACACAGCCUGCAUCGUUGUAGUAAUCCUGGUCUGGGAGGGCAUCCUGCCUAGUGUGGCUGACCGCCUCUACCUCGAGCUAAGUGAAACUCUAACAAAGCAUGGAGCCCUCACCCAGAGACGCUGCGCUCUCAAUGAGGAGAGGACCUGUGCAUGCCAGGGGUUAGAUCCUGAAGCCUGUGGAGCAUCUUUCUCUUUUGGUUGCUCCUGGAGCAUGUACUACAAUGGCUGCAAGUUUGCCCGGAGCAAAAUCCCAAGAAAAUUUAAACUACUAGGAGAUGAUGUUAAAGAGGAAGAGAAACUGGAGCAAAACUUUCAAAAUCUUGCAACCAUACUGGGUCCUUUGUAUAAAACAUUGGCGCCUGAGGCUUAUGCAAACCAGGUGGAACAUGAACAUAGGGCACCUGAUUGUCGUCUGGGGAAGAAGGAGGGACGUCCCUUCUCAGGGGUCACUGCUUGUCUUGAUUUCUGUGCCCACGCUCACAGGGACCUCCACAACAUGCAGGGUGGCAGCACUGUGGUGUGUACUUUAACAAGGGAGGAUAACCGAGAGAUUGGAAAGAUACCAGAGGAUGAGCAGCUCCAUGUCCUGCCUCUUUAUAAGGCUUCCAACACUGAUGAAUUUGGUAGUGAGGAGGGUCAGCAGGAGAAAAUCAAGUCAGGCGCCAUCCAAGUCCUCAGUGCCUUCCGCCGCCAGGUGCGCAUGCUUGCAGAACCUGCCAAGUCUUGCCGCCAAAAGAAGCUGGAUGCUAAGAAGGCAGCUGCCAACAAGAAUGCCAUGCUAGACAACGCUAAUGAUAAGGCAGAGAAGGCCCUCCUGGCCAAGUCAAAAGCUGGCACUUAUGAUAAUAUCGGUCAUAGCACUCCAAUGGCAGGACCUAUUCCAGGUGCUAUGGGAGCAACCCUACAGUCAGGUCAGCCAACACACCCCCUUGGGGUCCAUCCUCGGGAACUACAGCAACAACAGCACCAGAAUAUUCUUCCAUCUUAUCCUGGUGUAACAAAUGCAGCCGGCUACCCCAGGUUCCCCAACCAUCCUGGGUCUUUUGCAAGCACUUCCAAGCCAGGCAGCAUGUAUCACCCUCAGCCACCAACACAAGCCAGCCCUUACCCCUCCCCGCUCCAUGUACCAAAUUCUUACAUUAAUGGAUCAAAUCGUCCCUACCCAGGCUUUCAAUGUAAUGGAGAAAUGCCCCUUGACAAUUACCAUCCAUACUAUGCUUCAAACCCAAAGCACCUGGACAUGUAUCGACAACAGCGGCCAGCGCUUUAUUCAGAGCAGCAGUACGGUGUACAUCAACGUUAUGAGGUCAAUUAUCCACCAAGGUAUGGUGAGCCAGGUUUACAGGUCAAUGGUUACAAUCCAUGCAACAUGAGGUCAGUUCAUCCCAUGAGACCGUACUCUCCUUAUGGCCCUAAUGGAGGCUCAGAUCCACGGUUCAUGGAUCCUUUCUCAAGAGCACCCUCAGCCCAUGGAAGUCUAGACUAUACAGCUACUGUGAGCAAAGGCAAUCAGUUUGGAGGAUACCCAAAUCCAUACCUCUCUCGGAACCCACAAAUGUUACCACCACGUGAAGAUCCUUUCCAUAGGCAAAUCAAGACAGAGAUGGGCAUGUCUGGCCCACAGAUGCUUGCUGCUCAGUUAAGUGGUGGGUGUUUAAAUCCUGAAACAAAGUCAGGGUUAGGUCUGCCCAAUGGGAGCCUUAUGGGAUCUGGUAUUAAACAGGAGCCUGGAACACCACAGACACCCACAACCCCACAAAAGCCAGAGAUGUGGUCAGACAAUGAGCACAACUUCUUGGACCCUGACAUCGGUGGUGUGGCAGUGGCACCUAGCCAUGGUUCAGUUCUCAUUGAGUGUGCUAAACGGGAGCUCCAUGCCACAACACCUCUUACAAACCCAGACCGCAACCACCCUACACGCAUCUCCUUGGUCUUCUACCAGCACAAAAAUAUGAAUGAGGCCAAGCAUGGUCUGGCACUGUGGGAAGCCAAGAUGGCAGAAAAGGCUCGAGAGAAGGAGGAAGAUGCAGAGAGGAAUGGUUGCGAAGGGACACCAAGCAAGGGCAGCAAGAAGGGGGUGAAGCGAGAGCAUUCAGAGUCAUCAGAAACCACCGGGGAGCCUCCUUACAAGCGUUUUAUCAAGACACUCAUGGAGGGGUCCUUGUCAUGCACAACAAACACCCAUGUCAGUACAUCUCCGUACGCCUUCACCAAGGUCACAGGGCCUUACAGUCAGUUUGUGUAAAACAAGCACAUGGAGAAGAAAAUUGAAGGUGCUUUAUUUAUGACAAACAAAGAACACAAGCACCUCUGGUCUCAUCUAAAACACUCCUUCCUAUUCAUAAGGUUAGUAACACUGUUGCGUAGAAAAAACAACCUGUGAUCAGAUGACAAAAAAAAAUCACCUAUUACAUCAGGUCUUUCACCUCUUUAACAAUCAAGCUUUACUAGUUGACCCUACUAAGAUGUAUUUAUUUUUGUUUAGAUACACACUGUCAAAAUCUCUGGUGCUUUCAGUCUGAUACAUAAGGACCUAUUUUUACUGGAAACAAAGUUUCAUUUUUGGUGGCUUUAUUUUUCUUACAAAAUUUUGGAGAUGUAAUCUUGUCAUAAAAUACUGACUUUGUGAAUGGCAACAUUCACGGUGCUAAGGGUGUGAGUUCAUUACCAUCUUUUUUAAUUCAAAUGCCUUCACACUAUAACCACGACACUCUUUAUGAGUGACACUCAAUAACUUAUGUCAACAGGACACUGAAAAUAUCAUCACACUGUCAAAUCAUCAGCUUCAUAAUGGUUUCUGGCAAGUCAGUGUUUCUUGAGCACUUUUUGAUCACCAGAGUUAAAUGUUUUGGUAAGACCUUUAAAUCAUAAAAUGUGGUUAUUCUGUACUGCAACAUUGAAAUUUCUAGCACCCUUAAAAUGAAAUUGGUGAAAUUAUAACAGAGGGUUGAUUUAGCAAUCCAUGAUACUGUUUCUGGUUCAUGCAAAAAGGUUUUUGUUUUUCUCUUAGAAAACCAUUGUGUUGGUGCUUCUUUCACUUUCCUAUGUCAUUUAUACUGUAAAUUGAGCCAUUCUAAUGGUGCAUUUUUAACUUUUUGAGGAAAAAAAAUCAUCAUGUUUGUGUUAUUUUAGUUUUUUCCAGGUUUGCUUGGUUAGUGACUGUUUUAAUGUUCCUUUACCACAGGUUCAUUGAACAAACCUGGAUUGUGAAUAUUUCAUGUAGUUUUAUGUCUGUGGUGCUUAGUAAAUGUGCUUUUUAUACACUGAGGAACAUGAAACAGGGUAAGCUCAGUGUCAGUCUCAGAGGGCAGCUGGCUUGCUGUGGGUUCUUUAAUUAUUGUAAUCUAACUGUAAGAUAAACAGGUGAGAUUUGUACAGUAAAUUAAUUUCCCUUUUUGGAAUUACUGUUAUAGAUUUUGUGUUGUAAAGAAUGCUAACAGCCUAUUUCAUUGUAUGUCUUUGGGUUUCAACUGAUUUUAUUUCAUAAGGUGCUAUUCAACCUGCUAGAAACAUACAAUGUGAGACUCUUUGGGCAGUGAGAAGGCUAUUAAAUAAUGUACAGUACCAACCUGUCAUAUACCUCAAACCCAGUUUGGCAAUAGGAUUAUAACAUAUUUUUCUUUCUUCCUUUGUAUAUUACUUUCAAAAUGUUAAUAACAGUUUAACUGCAGGCCACCAAAAGGCAGAAAAGUUCAUUUCUUACUUUCUUAUCAAUGUGCUAGAAAGUAUUACUUGAACUUGAAUCUUUGAUGUUACUGUAAAAUCAGGGACAUUUUCAACUAAUUUUGUGUACAUCUUCAUAGCCUGUAUUCAUCUUGUCUUUCCUCAUUCAGGGACUUGCCAUUGCAUCCUGAAUCCCAAUACAUCUUGUCUAUUAUACUUCACAGACAAAAAUAUUUUGUGAGGAAAAAAACUUUCCUACUUUCCUACAAGUUUUACUUUUAUUUUAGGUAGUUGGAUGGUGGUAAUCUUUUAAAAUAAAUUUGAACAUAAAGUAUGCACUGAGUUGACUAAAGGGAAAGUAUGAUGUUGACUAAGUAAAGAGCAAUAUUUUUGCUUUUGCUAUGAGGCAAGACCAGGGCAGUGAUUAAAGUAGUUGCACAUCUUUGUGCCUGUGUAUAGUUAAAUUUAUUUAUAACCACUAAGCAAUUGUAUAAUGAUUCUUCUCCCUCUUAUUUGUUUUAAUUAAUGUGAUAUAUAAUGGAAUGACUGUCAUGAUAUAGUAACAACUCACCCCACUCUUCAACAUAUUCAUUUUCUGAAAGCACUUCAUUUCUUUUUCAGGAAAAAAAAUGUAAUAAAGAAUUACAAAACGUUUUAUUUAAACAGAUUGUAAAUGUGUUAAAAAAAAUAAAUAAAUUAUGUCACAUUGUACAUACCAAGAAUUUGUAUUGCAGGAAUACAACUCAUUCUUUUAAUGUUGAUGUUAAUGUAAGUUCUUCUAGUUCUGUCAAAUUGCUUUUCUAUCAGCAAUCCUCAUCAUAUCUUAAUACAUCCUUUUGGCUCUUUCAGGUUACCAGAAUGAUCAUGGUUAGAUUAUCCAGGAAGUCUCUGUAAAUAUUACACUCACUGUCAUAGCAAUGUUUACAGUUAAAGUAUCCUGUUAGCCCAAACAUUAGAAGUUAGUUUUUUUUAACUGUUCCAGUUUUGUAAAAUAAAUCUACAGAAAUAAAAUGUUGAAUUUCGUUGUACAGGACCCAGCUACAGUAGCAGGUUGUGGUUGAGAACGCCAAGGUGUCGCCAAGAUAUAGCGGGUUAAAAGCAUAGCCAUACUUGAAGAUGCUUCAGAGUGUUUCUGAGUGAGUCAACAUUACUUGAAUGACUUUCUGGGCAUAACUAGUGCACUGUAUGUGCUCAGCUCAAAGGUUAAGCUAGCAGUUGAUCUACACAUGGUCUUUUUGCAGUUAGACACUAAAAUUAUAUUAAAAAAAGUGCAACUUUUGUCAUUUUAUUUUUCAAGGCUUCCCUUGUUCUUCUGAAGUUUGGUAUGCUAUAAAAUGGAAAUAAGGAUGGGUAUUAAUACUGUAAGUAUUGUAAUGUACUGAAUGCAGUUUAUUUGAAAGCUGUUUAUUAUAUCAUUCCUGAUAUUGCUGAGAUGUGGGUGUUUUUUUAAUAAAAUUUAUAUUUAUUUAAAGCAAA